CAGUGGCAGCCCUUGGUCUGCGGGCGGGGAGCGGGUUGAGGCUGGGUGCCGUAGGGCUACACCUGCAGGCGUUAGGACGAGUCAGCCUGUACACACGUUCUGCUGUGUGUGUGCCUGCUCUCUGUCUGAGUCAGGAGCUGAGCCUCGCGGCAGCGAGAGCGGGACGUCGCCUCCUUGCUCUGCCGAGCUGCGGGGUUGACAUCAGCAGCCCUCAGCCGCCGCGGCGGCGAUGCAGCUGCUUGUGCGUGGUUUUCCUUUCCUGACGAGGUUCCUGGUGGUGGAUCCUGCCCGUCAGUGAUGCCUCCUGUGGUCACUGUGCGGUGGAAGGGAUGCUAAGGACGGGUGCUAAACUGUCCGUCUCUGAAGAGGCUCCUGGACAAGUGUCCUUCUGAAAAGCUCAUUUUAUACUGCACAUGAGAAGCAGAAUGCUUUUGCUCAUGUGUUUUGUAUGCCUGCAUAAGAGGUAGUCAUGCUGCAUCCCCUUCACAAUCAGUGGAGAGAAAUGGAUGCUGCUAGACAAGGAUUCGUCUGACCUCUUUAAAACCUUCUCAUGAAGAUGAGGUUGUUUGAAAUAAAUAUACCCAGCUGUUUUGUGGCUCCAAACUAUGGUUAUGCCAGGAAGCUGAUUCUGUAGCUGUUUGUGAAAACAGGCUGAAGGCUUGCAGUGUGCCAGUGAGCAGAAGGGCAUUCAAUAACUAGGAAAAUGACUGGCUUUCUUGGGGAAGAAACAAAGAAGAAACCUUGAUUUCUUGCAUAGCUGGGAGGCAAAGAAAUACAAUCUUGACCCCUGGUUAACUUCAGAAGCAUUUUUCAAAAUAUCUCUUUACUGUGUGGAUCUUGUAACGCUGACACAAACGUGCCUUUGGACUCGUGCAAGCAAAACGUUGGAGAAAUUGACUGGACAAAGCAGUCAUUGAAAGAGUGGCUGUUGAAGAACCAUGACAAAGCACCUGGAGAUCAUCAAUUUGUCAUUUUUGUUGGAACAUGAACGGGAAACAAUAUUGGGAGUUUUGAAGAGAGAUGAGUAUCUGAAAAAGAUUGAAGAUAAAAGGAUAAGGAAAUUGAAAAAUGAGCUUCUGGAAGUGAGAAGGAAAGGUGGAAACCGUCACUGUCAACAGGACAACAGCAGGGUCUGUGUUCGCUGUCAGAAAAGCUUGGGCUUAAUCUUUAACAGGGGAGAUGUGUGCCAAACCUGCAAGCUCCGAGUUUGCAAUAAGUGUCGUGUUGUGGGAACUGAUGGGCAGUGGAAGUGUUCUGUGUGUGCCAAGAUUGCACAGCUACGGAUAGUGACAGGGGAAUGGUUUUUUGAAGAAAGAGCAAAGCGCUUCAAGCAAUCAAAUCUUGGGACUGACGUUGUCAGACAGUCUAUCUUACGCAAGUUCCCAGAUACAGUUUCCAGUAAGGAUGAGGGAAGAAUAUUUAAAGAUCAACCCCAAGAGAAUGAAGAAAAGAGGCCAGAUGUAUCAGUCUCCUCCACAAAUGGGCAUAAAUCAGUCUUCAGUGGACCUAGAAAGAUAGGGAAGCUAAUUAGGGCAGUUACCAAAGGAGAAAUUAUAAAUGCCAAAGAUGAAGGUGAAAGGAAUACAGGCUCAGAAGCUGAAACCCAGAGUCUGCCCAGUGGCAAGUCAACGCCUUGCUCUGAGAGAGGGAGUACUCUUUCAUUGAACAGCAGUGACGCAGAGGCCACUGCAGGCCAUAUGAAAGGGGCUGUGGGUCCCAUGAGCAGAGGCAAUGUUUCCAUACCUUCACUUCCGAGGUCUCCAGCACUCGGCAUGCGCAGCAUGACUGUAGAUUAUAGCAGGGACAUUGUCUUAGACAAUGGCGUGAUUAUUCCAGCAAUUGAAAGCAUACCUGAAGAUUUAGUAAAGAAGCGUGGUAGGAAAGCAUCUGGAGCACCUUCCAUUGCCGUUUCUAGGGUGUCUCUGUCAUCGGAUCGUAGCAGAUCUGAGAUAGAUUUGAGUGAAUCUUUCUCUGAAGGAAAUGAGGAUACUCUGAGCAUAAGAAGCAGAUCUGUACCUAGUGCCUUAGAUCAGGAACUGGAUUAUCUGGGUAAAACAGAAGAAGAUACUGAUGACAUAGUGGCUUCUAGUUAUUCAAGGGAACACGGACAUUUGACAAGUGAAUUAUCACCAAACUCCCCAGAAGGCUCUGACAGAAAAUGGACAUAUUUAAAUGUUCCUGAAACAGACGGUGAUACUACUAGCAUUAACAGCAUGCUGAGUGUAUAUAGUGAAACUGGUGACUAUGGCAACGUGAAGGUCAGUGGUGAAAUCCUUCUCAACAUCAGUUACAGCUACAAAACAGGUGCCCUCAACAUCCUGGUGAGAAGUUGCAGAAACCUGGCCAUUGCAGAUGAGAAGAAGCAAAGGACUGAUCCGUACGUCAAAGCAUACCUUUUGCCUGAUAAGUCCCGCCAAAGUAAACGCAAGACCAAAAUUAAAAGUAACAGCACCAAUCCAGAAUUUAAUGAAACGCUGAAGUAUGUCAUCAGUCACACACAGCUAGAAACCAGGACCCUGCAGCUUUCUGUCUGGCACUAUGACAGAUUUGGACGCAACAGCUUCCUUGGGGAGGUGGAAAUUCCAUUUGAUUCCUGGAACUUUGAAAAUCAGGGCGACGAGUGGUUUGUGCUCCAGCCCAAGAUGGAGGUUGUGACAGAUGUUGGGCUUCAAUAUAAAGGAGAACUGACAGUUGUUCUACGUUACAUUCCCCCAGACAGAAAUCUAAUGCUACCUCUAGGGCAGUUUCAAGGAAAGAAGAGCUUUAAAAAAGGAAAAAAGGGAGACUCUCACAUGCCAUCUGGAGGCAUAUUAGAAGUCCUCAUCAAAGAAGCAAAGAAUUUAACUGCAGUGAAAUCAGGAGGCACAUCUGACACUUUCGUGAAAGGAUACCUGCUUCCAGAUGACAGCAAAGCUACAAAACACAAAACUCCCAUAAUAAAAAAGAGUGUGAACCCCCAGUGGAAUCAUACCUUUGCUUUCAGUGGCUUGAAUUCAAGGGAUAUACGUAAUGUCUGCUUAGAAUUGACUGUGUGGGACAAGGAGUCGCUGUCCAGUAAUAUUUUUCUGGGAGGUGUCCGUUUAAGCACUGGAAAUGGUGUAAGUAAUGGCAAGGAGGUUGAUUGGAUGGACUCUCAAGGGGAAGAGCAGCACCUCUGGCAGAAGAUGAUUGACAGUCCAGGAGCUGCUGUGGAGGGAAUAUUAAUGCUAAGAUCCAGCAUGGGAAAACGCAGACUCAAAGACUUGAACUACUGAGGGGUACCACAGGUACUCCCAUCUUCAGGCUCUUGUCACUUUGCCCAUUUGAAAGUGAAGAAGGGUUGUACUCUUUGCCUUGGAUAUUAAGGCUCCAAGAUUUUAA